UAUUACGAGUCUUUUAAGAUCACAUAAUAUAUGGUAGGAGGCCUCAAAACAUGGACAUAAGACUGAAAAUAAUCCAGAAGGAAGGUCAAUAAUAUUGUUAAUCCUGAGGUAGUACUAGCUAGUUUUCUUCAUCCUCUUCCUAUCCAACCACCUCCCCCUCCCCUCUCUCUCUCUCUCUCUCUCUCUCUCUCUCUCUCUCUGGAAAUAGGGUGAACCUGACUUAUCUGGAAGGGAGGACCUCAAUUAAGGUAAUUAAGGAACAUCAUUGACAGUUGUAUGAAAAUUCUUCACUUCUGCAUGUCUUGUGAAUCUUAACUGUCAAAAUUAUUUUGAUAGUAAGGAUAAUUCGUAAUUCAUUUAGAUGUAAAAGUCCACCAUCAAAACCGCCACGCAAGACAAAAAUCAUCAAUAAAAGCCGCCAACAUGAAACUUUUCCCGCCAGUAUAGACAUAACUGGUAAACCCUCCAAUCUGGCAACGCUGGCAACUCUGGCUCGGUUCCGCAGACAACGCAUGCGCAGCGUAGCUUGAACUUCUCCUUGCACGGCGCACGCAGUGUUGUGACUUUUAUGACAGCUGAGGCGCAUUCAUCAGUUACAUUACCCUUUUACAUUCCUUAUUUCCUUUACCUGGGUGAUGGCAAGCAUGGAUAAUGCCGUAUUAAAGAAGAAGGUCCUGUUUAUUUGCUUAGGUAAUAUCUGCCGUUCACCAAUUGCUGAGGCUGUGUUCAACCAUAUCGUGGAGGAACGGGGUCUGACGGGUUGGGAGGUGGACUCAGGGGCUAUUGGCUCAUGGCAUGUUGGUCUGGGGCCAGACCAUCGGGCUGUCAGCACCAUGAAGAAACACAACAUCCGCAUGAGUCACAAGGCACGGCAGUUGAAAAAGGCAGACUUCAGCCACUUUGACUAUAUUUUUGGAAUGGACCAUGAGAACAUAUCUGACAUCAAGGACAUGGCUCCCAAGACCUACACUGCCAACAUUGAACUUUUUGGCUCCUAUGACCCACAGAAGGAACUUCUUAUUAGAGAUCCAUAUUAUGAUGAUGAUGCUGCUGGGUUUGAGAAGUGUUAUGAACAGUGUCUGAGAUGCAGCAAAGGGUUCCUUGAUUCCCUGGUGAAGUAAGAAGAGCAAGGCUGCUGUGGGUGAUGUUUGGACUUGUGGUGCUAUUCAGCUUCCUGUCUUGUCAAUUCAUGUAAGAUACAGUAAUGCUUACUAUGGAUAGUUUUAACUUUGAAGAACUAAAUGUGUCAGAAAAUCAUUAAAGGUCAGAGUUUUUGGUUGUUGGGUGCACACAGUAUAGAGAAGAAAACUAUACACCAAAUAUUGCUUAGAUGUUAGCUCUUGAGGUCACAUCACCAUUAUUUAAAGAUUUGACAAUGUAUACAGUAUACAAUAUAUACCUAGAAGACAUCAUUGGUGUGUGCGAAUAUUGUAUUAGUAUAUUGUGUUUGAAAUUGUGAGUUUUCAUGAAGCUUUCAUGUUUCCAUUCCAUGUUUCUAAAAGUGUGUACAUACGUUUAUUGUGAAGUAAUUUUCACUGUAAUAUUUUUUUUAUUGAACUUUAACUUGAUUAUUAUAAUUUUCUUGGUUCAUUUAAGAUUUUCCAUAAUUUAUUUGAUCUUUUAGUUAUUUAUAUGUAAAGAUGAAAAAAUAAACAUGAGAAGAACUAA